AUGGUUCGCCCGAAAAGGCUAAACAUGCUCGAAAAGCUCAAACUCGAGUUCGUGCCGGCCGCCGGUAACAAGCUCGUUCUCAAGCUCUCUCCUGCUCCGCCGCCGCUUGCCGACAAGCAGGCGUGUGUUUGCGUGCACGUGGCACUACGCUUCUCGCAAGAGUCAUCCUCUCGCCUUCUGGCUGACACAGGGCUCCAGGCCCCAAAUUACGUGUGA